AUGACGUUGUUUCCGGCUAAUUAUUUGUUUCUUAAUUUAUUUCUUCAUUUUCCGGCCGGUGGAACGCAGAAUCAGAACAAGCGGCAUCAUCCGCUAGACUUGAACACGUUGAAAGGCCACGGGGAUUCUGUAACUGCACUCUGUUUCUCGUCUGAUGGAAGGAGUUUGGCCACUGCUUGCGGUGAUGGAGUGAUCAGGGUGUUCAAGCUUGAUGAUGCCUCAAGCAAAAGCUUCAAGAUGAAUCUUCCUGCUGGAGGGCAUCCAACUGCUGUGGCAUUUGCUGAUGAUGCCUCCUCUAUUGUUGUGGCUUGUCAUACCAUGUCUGGUUCAUCUUUGUACAUGUACGGCGAAGAAAAGCAAAAGGAAGAUCAAGCGAAGCUUCCUCUUCCUGGGAUCAAAUGGGAGCGCCAUAAUAUCCAUGAGAAGAGAGCAGUCCUUACCAUAUCUGGAGCAACUGCAACUUACGGUACUGCUGAUGGAAGCGCCGUCAUUGCCUCUUGUUCCGAAGGGACUGAUAUCAUACUUUGGCAUGGGAAAACUGGGAGGAAUUUGGGACAUGUUGAUACAAACCAGUUGAAGAACCACAUGGCAGCUGUAUCACCAAAUGGUCGGUUUUUGGCCGCUGCAGCAUUUACUGCAGAUGUGAAGGUAUGGGAAAUUGUGUAUCUGAAAGAUGGUUCUGUCAAGGAGGUUUCAAGAGUUAUGCAACUCAAAGGCCACAAGAGUGCAGUGACUUGGUUAUGCUUUUCUCCAAACUCAGAGAAAAUCAUCACCGCUUCAAAAGAUGGUUCAAUAAGACUCUGGAACAUCAAUGUCCGGUAUCAUCUUGAUGAGGAUCCAAAGACUUUGAAGGUGUUCCCGAUUCCACUUUGCAACCCGGAGGGCAAUCCGUUGCACUAUGAUCGUCUCAGUUUGUGCCCUGAGGGGAAGAUAUUGGCAGCAAGCCAUGGUUCCACAUUGCAGUGGCUGUGUGCUGAAACUGGGAAUGUCUUGGACACAGCUGAGAAAGCCCACGAAGGGGAUAUCACAAGCAUUUCGUGGGCACCCAAGGCUAUCAGAAUUGGGGAGAGGCAGACCAUGGUUUUAGCGACAGCAGGCGCUGACAAAAAAGUAAAGCUAUGGGAAGCUCCAAAGUCGCAAUCGUUGUAG